AUGCCCCCAACGAGGCUUAUUCGACGGCGCAUCGACACCAAAUUACUCGCGGUGACACCUCAGCGCUGCUGCUACAGCAAUGGGAGAACCAGGCGUACCGAUGCGACUGGGGCCCAGUUCAAGAAGCGCCGAUUGAACAGCGAUAGGUCGAAGGAGGCCAGUAAAGGAGCUGAUGAUGGAGGUCAAGAGCCAUCACUGUUCGAGCAGCUUUUCCCAGACCAGCAGACGCCGCCAGAUCCGCCCCAGCAGGACCCUCGAGAGGUCCCUCCCCUUCCUACAACAGUGGAACAGAGACCGGCUUCAGACAUGCAGAAGCCACGCAAAACUGUGAGACAAGAUCAAGAUCUUCCACUGUCCUGGCAGCGUGAAGCAGCAGAAGCAGACGCCGGAAAAGAGGCAAUAAAAGUGCUCGUCCUACGGAACGCCAGCAAGAACCUGGUGGAGGACGAUUUCAGGCGACUAGUCCCUCGAGGUCAGCACAUGGAGGGUUGGAAAAUGGAGCAGGGAGAUAUCAUCAAGCAUAUACCCGGUCGUAACUGGAGGACACUGGAGCGUGAGAACCAUCACUACCUGCUGUUCUCAUCCUUCAGAAGCGCCUUCGCCUAUCAAAGCUAUGCUACCCGUAUCCAUAGGUUGGUCGCUCAGCACACCCCGAGGAACCAGCUUUCGCCCAUUCUGCCACCUUCGGGAGACAUCAUACAGGGUUUGGACGCCAACGAAGCCAUUGAGUCCUUUACCCUGACCGCACCAAAUGCUCCCAUGGAGCUACGCAUGCUCAAGCCUUCUCUCACGCCUUUCGUGCAACUUCUCGUCGAUCAUCGCGGCACGCCACCUUUGGUCGAGCGAGACGACAGAAUGCCGUAUGAAGCCCGACUCACUCUGGAAGGCCCACAGCUGCACGGCUCUUCUAUUCGCCACCUCUUCAUGUUUAGCGGGAGGGACCGCGGCUUGAGCUGGUCAGGGAACGACGAUCCUGCACCAAGAAUCACUGACUGGCAACCCGAGCGUCGGAAGAUGACACCUUCUGCUGAGAGACAUGGUUUUGAGGCCGAGCGCUGGAAAAAUUCUCCGCACAAAUUUGAAUUGAAGCCCAUAGAAGAUGACAUUGGUCCGAAUAGUGAACAGCCUGCGGAUGGUCUGAAGCAGCGCACGCAGCAGAAGGUCUAUGUCGUUGGGUUUCACACAGAGAACGCCAUGCAGAGCUUCGUACGCUUCUGGCACAAGCGGCCGAUGGAGUGGAAGGGUCUCAAUAAGCAUUUCGGAGUUGGAGAGGACGGAGACCUGCCAGCUAUUGCUCAUGUGGAAGCUUUAUCGUGA